AUGGGCCCUAAGAAUAUAAGAAAUUUUAGGGGAAUGAAGCCUAAAGACAUACCGGUGCCCCCUCCGCCAUUUGAUUCUAUUGAACCUAAUAAUUCACCAUCCUUAUCCACUCAGCAUCUCCCAUACAAGCCUUCUAUACUUGCUAGUAAAAGUAUGUACAACAAUCAACGACAAAAGCAUGUCACUACUGUUAAAAUCGCAAAUGUUGCAAAGCAAACAAAAUUAAAUAAGAAUAUAGAAGAUGAUGUUACUGCAUCCCAAUCGUUUAACCUUCUUGAACUUCAAUUUCAAGCACAAUUGUUGUCUGAUUUACAGUCGCUGGAGCCUAUUAUCGAUUUACCUUCCGAUGAAGACUCAUUGGGUAUAGAAUGGACCUAUACCAAACUUGACAAUAUGUUAUUAAAUAAUCGCAACUAUCACAUUAGAGUGGAUAAAAAAAAUGAAGAAGAUGAUCAAAUAAAUUCAGGAGAUAUUACACCAAAUGAAACUAAUGUACAAAGUCAAUUGACAAGUCAACAUUCAAUAUCAUCCAACGAUUCUAAUGGACAUGAUUUCAACAGUUUUACCUACUGGUUAAUUAAAGGUAAACAGAAUGACUUGAGUAGUGUAGAAACUAUGGUUAAAACCGCGGGAUUUAAUUAUCUUGAUGUGCCAAGAAAUUUACUUCCAAUCGCUGCGCAAGUUUGUGCAAGAGCAUUUUUUGAUCCCUCAUACCGUACUUACUUGGAUCAAAUGGAUGAAAGCAUUUAUUAG